AUGGACAAAAUAUUCAGAGUGGUUCAAUGCACCGAUGAUCAAAAGGUGUUGUUCUCAGUGUAUAUGUUGGAAGGAGACGCCAAUCAUUGGUGGCCUAAUGCGUCCCAACCCUUGGGGAUGCAAAAUGCGGCAAUUACGUGGGCCGUGUUCGAAGAAAUGUUCUUGGAGAAGUAUUUCCCGGUGUCAAUCCGGGAUAGCAAGCAAGGCGAGUUUGACCGACUCGUGCAAGGAACCAUGACGGUGGAUCAGUAUCAUGCGAAAUUCAACGAACUACUCCGACUGGCAACUUACCGAGGAACUAUGCCCAUGCCAGACUUUCUGACAACAAAAUUUCAAAGGGGUUUAUCCGCUAGGAUUGCGGAACUGGUAGCUGGCAACGACCCCUGUGACCGAGCCACCCUGGUAAAUAGAUGUAGGAAGGUGGAAGCAAUAGGAUUGCAAGAAGGGAAGCCUGCAGAAACCAGCGGAUCUGGAUCCAAAGCUCCUAUGGCUAAGAAUGGGAAAUGGAGAGGAAAACACGGAGGAAGACCAUGGGCGUGA